CAUAUGUCAAAUUUGCUGGUGGAUGGUUGGUUGGCGGUUAUUGUUUGAGUUUUGAUUUUGAAUAUCUACCAAUAUUUUAGUUGUUUAUUUUAUUUUUCUACAACACUAGAAUCUCCACUCCAUUCUCCAGUUAAUAAUAUUUUCAAACUAUGGACUACUCUACUAUAAGCAACAAAACUACCGACCGCACCGAAGUGGAAGAAGUUACAAAUGGUGAACUAUCGGAAAGGUAUUAUUUGCUUAAAAAACAGCACGACAGCUUAUCACUCAGCUAUGAAGCGACGAAACAAGAGCUGCACGAUACCAGAAGAAGCUACCAAACAGCACUAGACGUACAAAGUCACUUAACAACCGAGUUAGAAACUCACCAGGCUGAUGAGCAAAAACGUCGGCAAGAGCUGACUUCUAAAAUAACUUUACUACAAGAAGAGAUCUCCGCUUUACGGGAGGAGCGUUCAGAAACAGCUGAGCGUCAUGCAUCGCAAAUAAACAGUUUGGAAAGUGAGAUUCGUCGUUUGAAAGAGGAGAAUGUGAAUCAGGAGGCUAGGAAGAGUCUGGAGCGAGAUCCGGUUGAGCUUGAAGAGACGCGGGCUGCUUUGUCUGCCGCGUUGAGCGAGGCGGAGGCGGCGACGGCGGCGCUGGAGGCGGCGCGGGGCGAGCUGGCAGCGUGGCAGCUGCGGGGCGAGGCGCUGAUGACAGAGCUGGAGCAGCAGCGGGAGGCGGCGGCGGCGCGGCGCGAGGAGCUGCGCGCGCUGCAGGAGCGCGAGGCGGCGGCGCUGGCCGACCUGGCCGAGGCGCGCGCCGAGCUGCAUCAGCUCACUGGCGCGCAGGACCACGAGCCACACGCUGCUAAAGGAAAUUCUCUAUUUGCUGAGGUGGAGGACAAGAGACAAGAAAUGGCUAAAAGUCUGAUCCAGAUGAAACAGACCAACUCAAAGUUACGCCGCGAGGUGGCCAACAAACAAGCCGAGGUGGAGGCGCUUCUACAUGAGAAGCAGACCGUGUGGCAGACGCAGCUCGGCGCCGCCGCGCACUACGACCGGGAACUCAUCGAGAGCUACGAAGAGCGCAUCAGCCAGCUAGAGGGGCUGACGGAGCGGCAACGUCGCGAGCUGGCGCGCUGGUUCGGCAAGCAGUGCGACCCCGCCAGUAACGGCUGGCUGGCCGGCGUGUUGGACCACUUGAAAACCGAAUGCGAGCGGCUUCGCGCAGAAGUAUUAUCCCGCGGCGCGGCGCAACUAGCCAGCGCCGCUCAAGUACGCGACUUGCGCCGCAAGAUGGCAGCACUGUCUGCAGGAAAACAACCCUCAAACAAAAAUACUCCAGAAACUAAACCCUCCCCGCAAAGAAACCUUGUCAUGAGAGAUAUCACCAACAACGUCAAGGAAAGAAUCAGUCUGCCGACUAAAGUUGAAGAAGAGAAUUUGCCGCCGAAAGUACAAAUACAGAAGUUACCGAGUGUCGAUGAUGUGAAGAAAAGGGUCACGUUUAAUUAGAGUUAAG